AUGCCUUUUUAUCUUAUUUCUGUAGAUCGUGAAUCGUACGCGAGUGCUGUAUCCGGUCUUUUUAACAACAAGGCUGCGUGUUAUAUGAAGAUGGGGGACUGUAAACAAUGUGUGCUGGAGUGCAAUGAAUCAUUAAAGCUGGUUGACAGUAAUCUCAAGGCUUUGAUACGACGUGGGGCGGCUUAUGAGACUAUGGAGAAGUAAGUAACCCGUUUGCAACUUUAUUUAUACUGGAUAGCUUUAUCAGUUCUAAACUGUUCUUCCUAGAGGUCCAGUAAGGAUCAUCUCUUAUUGAUCCAGUGUUACUACUGGAGGAAACCUAAACUAAACUAACUUUAUUUAUACUGGAUAGCUUUAUCAGUUCUAAACUGUUUACCCUAGAGGUCCAGAGCAAAAAUUCUUAUGCUAAUGAAUGUUUCAUUUUCAAGAUAUGCUGAGGCGUUCAGAGAUUUCAAUCGAGUUCGACUUAUUGAUGGAUCUAAUAAAGUAGCCCAGGAACACUGCUCGAGGUAAUUUCAUACAACACAUUUUACUUGUUAAGAUGAAACGCUAUACUGAGUCUGACGGCAGUUUCGUUUCGAAAAUGUAGUAACCUACUUCGCUAUUUGUAGUGCUCAAUAUGAAAGUGAACAAAUUUUAGUACUGGCAGGAGAGGUUUCCCGAGUUCAAACUAGUUUUAAUUGAGUGUGAUUCUCUGUUUAUAUGAACUGGGAAACCCAGGAAACCCCAUAUGAACAUAAAAAAACUAGUUUCAUAUUAUUCUGACAAUAUGCAAUCGACCAACGAACGGGAUUUCAACGAAUUUUUCGUUGGUCGAUUGCAGUGUCAGAAUAAUAUGAAACUAGUUUUUCGUAUCUCUGAGGAUGGUUCUGAAAUAGAAUUGAAACACUACGCGUCCUCUAAUCCAUAUGAACAUGUUCGAUCUGUUUUUGUUAGUGACUUUAACAGAUGAAAAAUUCAAAUUAUUUUGUAUCAUAGAGUAAUAAAACAUCUCGAAAUGCAGCAUGGGAAAUCAUGGAGAAAAAAGAUACUCGAAACAAGCGAUGAUGACGACAGCAAACAGCAGACAUUCCCGGAUGUUCAUGAAGGUACAAAAAAUGCCAAGCAAGUUCAAGCUGGUCUGAGCAAAGUAGACGAGAAUGCGAAGCUAUCUCAGAAAGCUAGCCUGCAGCCUGAAAGCAGCCUGAACGCGGGCAAAAAGGAACCUAAGAUUGGCGCGACCGAUGAAAGAAACGAGGAGUCUGAGGCGAAUAUAAAAGCGACGUUUUUCAAGUUGAAAGAAAGCGGGAAUUUGUUAGUGAGAAAGGUAUGUCCAUUGUUGGAGGUCAGCUGGGUAAAGCUUAUUUUCCACUAGGCAAAUUUGUUCGCUCAUUUAUGAGCGUGCAUGCUUAUGAGAUACCAAAAUAAGGUAUGCUCACAAGCACGCUAAUAUAUGUACCAAAAUCCAGUAUGCUCAUGAUACCAAAAUCCAGUAUCUUCAUGAGAAUGCCCAUCAGCAUAUACUGGAUUUUGGUAGAUAUAUCAGCGUGCUUAUGAGAUAGCAAAAUGAGGUAUGCUCACAAGCACGCUAAUAUAUGUACCAAAAUCCAAAAUGCUGAUGAGCACCCUCAUAUAUAUACCAAAAUCCAGUAUCCUCAUGAGAACGCUCAUGAGCGUAUUUCUGAAUUUUGAUAGAUAUAUGAGCGUGUUGCUGUUUUCAUUGAUAUUUCUUCUUUAUAUUUUAAAAGUUGUUUCUUUUAAAACUCUGAACAUGACCGAAGGCGACGCCAUAUUGUUUUGGUGGUAUUUCCACGGUAUGACGUCACUCAGUGAAUAUGAUUUUUUCAUAUCAACAUUACGAGUUGGCGUCACUCCGUUGAAUAUUUUGUCAAAACUCCAUCUUUUGUCAAGACGAUUUCACAAUGGACUGGUAACCAAUCGGAAACCACAACUUUUUAAAAUAAACGACAAACCGGCUUAUUCUUAUAUAUUUCAUAUUUUAGGGCAAACAUGAGGAAGCGAUAAAGCAAUACACGGAUUGUAUAAAAUUAUGUCCCAAUGAAGUGGCCAUAUAUACCAAUCGAGCUUUAUGUUAUCUGCGGCUAACCAUGUAUGAUCUGGCAGAAGCUGACUGUAAUACUGCACUGAAGAUCGAGACAGACAAUAUUAAAGCUUUGUUUCGACGGGGAAAGGCGCGAAAGGUAGCGACAAUCUUUUGUGAAAAACUACAUACUAACUUCUGUUAUAAUAUAUAUACUGGAUAGCUCUAUCAGUUCUAAACUGUUCUUCCUAGAGGUCCAGUAAAAAUCAUCUCUUAUUGAUCCAGUGUUACCACAGGAGGAAACCUAAACUAAACUAACUUUAUUUAUACUGGAUAGCUCUAUCAGUUCUAAACUGUUCUUCCUAGAGGUCCAGUAAGGAUCAUCUCUUAUUGAUCCAGUGUUACUGCAGGAAAAAUUAUAACUACUUCAAAAACUCAAUAAUUCAUGAAGCAAUUAUCCAAUCUUGAGUAAGAAAUUAGUCAUGUGCAUACGUCUUUAUACCAGCUAAAGAACACUUUAACAAAAGACCAUUGUUAUGCAAACUAUAUAAAGGUUUUUAUAUAAAGAUUUUUAUAUUAAGAUUUUUAUAUAAAGAUUUGACUUAUUAUGCAUACGUUUUUGAAGUCAUUUAAAAAACUCGCGGGUCGUGUUUUAUUAGGUCUAAAGCCACUCGCGCUGCGUGCUCGUGGCUUUAAACCUAAUAAAACACUCCCGCUCGUUUUUUAAAUAGUACAUAAAGGCUUUCUGAAUCAUUUCUAUAGGGUUUGGGACGUUAUCGGGAUGCGAGCAAAGAUCUGAUUGAAGUUUUGAAACUAGACGGCAAGAAUGGCCCUGCCAACAGUGAAUUGAGGGAAGUACUUAAUUUAUUGAAAAAGGUUAGCAUCGUGUUUUGAUUAUUUUGUCUGAAAUUUGUAAAAUUUUAGCUUUAUUCUGUAGUUUACACAGUUAGCUAACGGCUUUUUCGAUGUAUCUGGCGGUUCAGAAACACAAAAUAAUAGUUAAAUAUUGUCCAUUUAAAUACAAUUAGGCGUAAAAAAAAAAUACCUGUGGUUCCGGUUUCAUAUCGUGAAAAAAUUAGGGUCGGUAGGUCGGAAAUAAUUUUUUUUUUUGAAUAUUUUUUUCAUGGUUUUGGCGGUUUUUUGCUGGGCUAUUUUCAGUAGAGUCCCGACAUCAAUAUUAACUAGAGAUGCGUAUUUCUUAUGGACAAAUUUAGGCAAUUUGGUUCAAUAAUUAGUGUGACAACAGACGCCAUUUUGGCACGCUGUAUGAGCAGCCCGCAACUACCUGGAGAAAAUAGGGUCGGUAGGUCAAUCGCGUUGAAAAAAUAAUAGGGUCGGCAGAAAAAAAUAGGGUCGGUCGGGAACCGGAACCACAGGUAUUUUUUUUUUACGCCUUAUCAUCGACGCCGUAAAUUGACGCCAUAUUUAUACAACAAUGUAUAAGCAAAACUUACUGAACUUCAGACAUCAUUUUGUCUUUGGGGUAGCUACCUUAUAAAAUCUCUUCAUUUCAGCAUAAUUUUACAGAUAAAGCACUAAACAUACUUUUCAAGUUUCUUUGCCACUUGAGAAACGUAUAAAUAUUGAAAAAUUCAAUAUAGUUACAAUCAAGUGGAAAGUAUAUUCAUUAUAGUUUUGAUCGCGUGUUACGUAUUAACAUAUACAAAAAAGUCCCAAUCGAGCAGAGGACUUGGUCUAAUUGAUAUUUGGAGGGACGUUUGGAGGGGCAACAAGUAUGCCUUAUUAUAAUUGUUGCGUUUCAGGCUGCACAAAUAACUUUAGGAUUGAUGCUUGUGAUGUUACUCUGAGUGUAUAUCCACACCGGGCAAGCUUGAAAAAUAUGCCUGACCACGGUGGGAAUCGCACCUACGACCUUUGGAAUACUAGCCCAAUGCUCUGCCAACUGAGCUACGCGGUCUGGUCGGUUCGAGUAUGUGAUAUUUCGGAACAGAAUCUAGUUCCUUUGAUAUCAAUGUUAUGUGAUAAUAAUCAUGAUUUUUCUGUGUUGAUAUAAUACAGAAAAAUCAUUAUAUUAUACCAACAUAGAAAAAAAACUUUAGGAUUGUAGGAAAACUUCCUAGAUGCCAUAUUCGGCACAUUGUUUACUUUUUGUCCCUCCAAACAAGCGACUAGACGCAGUCCUCUGCUCGAUUGGGAAAUGGCUAAUUGUUAUUGCUAUCUCUCUUUAAAUCAUGUUUUUGUGAAUAUGUGACAGGAAAAGAAAGACAGUGAAAAGAAAAAUGAGGAAAAGAAAGAUGUAGAAAACAAAGACGAAGAAAUGAAAGAUGUACAAAAGAAAGAUGUACAAACGAAAGAUGGACAAAAGAAAGAUGUACAAACGAAAGAUGGACAAAAGAAAGGUGGGGAAAAGAAAAACGGAGAAAAGAAAGAUGUAGAAAAGAAGGACAAAGAAAAGGAUGUAGAAAAGAAAGAUCUACAAAAGAAAGAUGUACAAACGAAAGGUGGGGAAAAGAAAAACGGAGAAAAGUUAGUGCCCAAACGAAAGAAGAUUUUGAUUCAGGACAUUGAUGGCGAAGACGAUAAGAAAGUAAGUUGCUUUGAGAAAAAUGAACAAACUUUACUACAAGUAGAACUUCGCUACCUCAAACAGCCAAGAGAGACAGAAACAACUAAAUCAGUGUCAAAUUACAAAAAUGGUUGAUAAUAUCAAUAUUAAUUUAAAUUGACGUGGUCAGGCUUAUAAUCCAAUGACCCAUUGAUAUAUUUUUAUUUGUGAAUAUGCAAGCCUUGACAUAUUGGUCAGAGAACCGUCUGACAAAAUGUUCGAUGAGUUUUAGUCGGACAUAUGCAUUGUGAUUUCCGAGUGGAUGUCCGAUGAAUUUGAGUUCAGUUUGGCUUUGAAAUAAGUAUCAAUGCAGACACAAAUUAAUAUAUGAACACAAUUUGGAAAAGUCAUUUGAAUCUUGGCAAUGAACUACCGAAGCCCACGGUGAAAACCUCGCACUUGAUUACACAUUUCCAGUUCACUUUUUAUACAUUACUCUGAUUCUUCAUUUAACAUACGAGCCAUUUGAUCUACGUUGGACAAAGUUAAAGUUAUGUCCGACACCAAUUUACUCGGGUCCGACAAACAAUAGACCUCAGUUUCACUUAGGUCGGACAGAAUGUCCAGUGGUUUCCUCUCUACGUCGGACAAUUUCACGAAUGGGUCGGACAUUUAGGGCCGGGUGAAAUGUACAAUAAAACUGCAACGUACUAAUAGUAAAGUCUGUGAGACAGGCUACAUGGUCACAGGUGAAGGGCCAUUGCCCCUUUCCCCUCAACUGAGCUAUCUUGCAAAGUUUAUUUCUCUCUUUUAUAGACCUGUCAAACAACACGGAAACAAGAUGGUACAUCUGCAGCCACAAAGGACGAGACUCCUACCGUUGUUCAAAAAAAUAACAAACCGAAAGAUCCAUCUGCUAAAACUAAUGAGAAAGAAAGCAUGAAAACAAAAAAUCUCUCGCCUCAGAAGGAAAAUACGAAGAGAAAAGAAGAAACGAUAUCAAAAGAUGGAUGCAGUAUAAAGACCUCAAAGGCCAGCAGCACACCUCCUGUGAAACAUACUGUGGUGGGUAGAAUUAAGGGGCAUGAUAAUUUAUGAUGAAUUAAUGUAUUUAUCUUUGAAAUUUUCUCGUUUUUAGAAAAGCGCCUUUCAGUUUAUUCAAGCUUGGAAAAGUGUAAAAAAGAAUGAUGAUACCUCGGAAUAUCUGAAUAUUUUGAAACAAGUCACCUUAACAGAUAUACCAAAAGGUAUUAUCAAGUUAAAGCUUCUGUGAUCUGUGUUUAAAAAAGCUCGUACAAAAAGGACCAAAAGUUUAAAAUAUAAAAUACUUUCGUUUCAGUAAUCAGUAACAAACUGGAUGGAGAUAUGAUUAAAUCGAUCCUCGAAGCCCUGAGUCUCGAAAUGCAGACCAAUGGUAAACCUUGAAUUGAAUCUGCAAAUUUUAUUAAAAUGUAUAGUGUUUGGCUUUUACGCUCAGACACUACGAUGGCUGUUUUAUAUUUUAGGUGACGUAAAGUUUGUGUACCAGUUUUUACAAAAAUUGAUGUUAGUGGAACGAUUUGAUAUGACACUGAUGUUUCUAUCAUCGCUUGAGAAAAAGGGUAGGUUUAUUUACCAAAAUAAUGGUAGCUACCCAGUAUAAAUAAAGUUAGUUUAGUUUAGGUUUCCUCCUGUAGUAACACCGGAUCAAUAACAGAUUAUUCUUACUGUACAUCUAGGGAGAACAGUUUAGUACUAAUAGAGCUGUGCAGUAUAGAUAAAUUUAGUUUAGGUUUCUUCCUGUAGUAACACUGGAUCUAUUGAUCUCUUAUUAGAGAUAACCCUUACUGGACCUCUAGGAAGAACAAUUUAGAACUGAUAGAGCUAUCCAGUUUAAAUAAAGCUAGUUUACUUUAGGGUUCCUCCUGUAGUAACACCGAACGAAUAAAAAAGAUAGCGAGCUGAGUAGUCAGAUAAUUCUACUCGUCUUUCUUUAGUGCUACGAAAACUGUUUGAAGAUAUCACAAACCAAAACAACGAGCAGAUUGGAAUAAAUACUAAAGAUCUAUCCCAGCUAAGACAGAAAUAUCAAGUAUAA